GCUUUAUUUUUUCAGUAACAAAGCCAACAACAAUUGUUUAACACGUACGAUUUUUAGUUUUGAAAAUACGUAUACGAUUGGAUUUGUUUAAAUAUCGUUGAAUAACACAUUGGCGCGUUACAUUAAAUUCAUACUUGAAUUUUUCGUUGUCACUUACACGGGCUGUUCAAACAUAAAAUGGUGCAAAAUUAUUGUUGCUGAUGCGAAAGAACAAAACAAUUUGCUAGCGACUAGCAUUUCCAAGUAGUUCUUCAAUCUACGUGCUUUUGAAUUGCGAUUAACUUAAGUUUACAACCGGUGUUUUCUUAGUUUUUACAACAUUUUGUUAUAAAAUGCAGCACUUAAAAUUGCUAACAGUAAUCGUUUUGAGUUUGGCUGUACAGAUUUGUCGAUCCAUGCCAGAUCGAUCCAAGCAAUACACUGCGAGUGCCGUUGACAACCCUACAAUGUUUAGAUGCCACUGUUUGCUUAAAGCACUGACACACAUGAGAGUGACCAGGAUGUCGUUUCGAUUGAGGGAGGAACCGGUAGUUUCAAUUUUGGACAUAGUUGUUGACAGCGAUGCUAGUGAAGCGUUAUCUAUAUUAUACAGUUCAUACGGUGUAGAAAUCGGCUCGUUGUGGCAAUUCCACUUGUACACAGGAUUGCUGAGAUCUUACUAUUUGGAAGAUUUAAAAAAAAAAGACGGGGAGGGCACGUCAUACGAUGCUGCACCUAAUAAAAACAUUUCUGAAAUACAUGGUUAUGUUACCGAACUAUUGGUGUCCGACUGGGAUGCUACCGAUUGCAAAAAAUAUACAAUAAACGAUUGGUUCUGGCCAUUUUUUAAAGAAACUCGAGAGGCCGUCAUGCCUCAGAUAAAAGAAAGAGUAGAAAAAAAUAACCAAGAAUUCAGAAAUCUUGUAGAAGCGAAAAAGGGAUUGUUGAACACAUACAUGAAACAAUUGACCAAAGAAUUGAGCGAAUCAUUGAGUAUUAAAAAUCUAUUAUUGAACGAAUUGGGCAAUAUAACAGUGUACAAAAACUCAUUGAUGAAUUCAUACAACGUGGACUUCCACGUUGAUCCCACGUUCAAGUUUGAUUGGGUUGAUUUCGACGACAUACUUAAAUCGUCCUUCAACCUCGCCAUUAAAGUGACAUGGCCCGAAGAUCAUCUUCAAAACCUCAAAUCAUACUUCACUAAGCAUAUUAAUUUUUUGGAAAUCAUAUUUUUCCGAAUAACGUUGGUGCACCUGUUGGUUAUUGAAAAACUAGAAGCCGGUCCAAUGAAGCACUACGCACGAAAAUGGCAUACGUUGCUAACAUAUUUCGGGCAGAUGUUACAUAUCGCAGACGAUACGGCCAUCCAGCAUUUGUUAACUGCUUUCGACCAGCUCGCCAAUCCAGGUCAAAAAGUAGGUGUAGGUGCUGUGAUAUAUGAUUUAGAAAAUAUACUACACAGUUGCGUUCUGUCAUUAAAACCCAAUGCGGUUAAACCGAAGGCCUUCAACCAGGAAACAAUAAAAAGUGGUUUGCAAACCGCAACAAGUUCUGGACAUGGACUGGAGGAGCUCAUUACUCAGAAAAAAGCAAAUCAAUUCUUAGAAGAUCUAAAACUACUAAUCUUAAAAAAAACUAACUUUAGCGUCAUUCGAUCACUCGCGGAAUACAUUGAUGAACACUACAAGAUUGUUAGUAAAAAAGGAUUAGAAGUAGAGUUCUCGUAAGAAAGUAGAUUCGCAAGAAGAUAGAUGCUUGUCAUCAUUAUAGUAUAAACAUGUUUUUCAUACAUUUUAUUGUCACUCUUACUUAUUAUUUAAUAUA